AUGGCUUAUUUUCGUCCUCGUAUCCCCAGUCAGCGCCAACCUAUCGCCAUGCCCAGCAUGGAAGACCGACAGCGGGCUUCUCGGCUCUUUGCAAGCUGGGCGUCCUGGGAAUCCCUUACUGUCAACAUUUCAGGGCUCCCAAAGGAUAUCAGCACAUUCACGAUUUGGCGGUCCUUUAAAGUCUACGGUUCCAUCGAAUGGGUCGAAAUAUUCGAAGACACGAAAGGGAGGCAGGAUGGCAGGGGGAAAAUUCGGUUUCGGCCUCCUCCGCGGGAAGUCUUUUGCCCAGAUCGAAGGCACAUUCUUGAGCUCGACGAUGGCCAGCGUUGCCUGCUUCAGGUGCACAUUAGCCCAAGGAAGCCUUCGAACCAGAUUCCAAGCCCUAUAAAUCUGGGGGUAAUGUACCCAAUGACAACGGAGAUCUCAGUGGGGAAACUAGACUUUGGGACAUUAAUAGAUAAAGACAUGAUGCUCUCUCUCAGAACCGUUGAUUCGAGCCGAAUGGGUCAGAUUCGAUUCAUAGUUGAUCUCAAUCGUCGCGAAAUAGUUGUGUUCUUUAACCUGUCUUUUUUUGACCCCCGUCUUUCGUCACGGUCUCCCCUUAUUUACAGCUACCGUUUCCGUAUCCCAUUUGUUCAUCUUUCCCGUGUUCUACGGACUAAAGAAUUAGGCGAUUCAUCAUUGGUGAUUGUUUUGGACACGCCGCCAAUAUAUCACAGGAGAUUGAAUGACGUGACAGUCACUUUCUCUGACACCGAAAAUACGUGGAAAGAGUCCGACUGUUGGUUCCGACAAACAGAUAUUCCUUACUCCCAAAAUGAAGCCGCGCAAGCGCCGCUGAGCUUGCGAAAGGCACAAUCUCUAAUAAAUAUCGGACGCUGGACGACUUUUAGACUGACUUUCCGCAAUCUUGAUGAUUCCAGCAUUCAAAAGCUUGAGGUACUCCAAAAUAUUUAUACGGACUUUAACGUUGAAGUCCAGGAUGCUCCAGCAUUCGGGGUCAGCGCGGAUUCCGCAGCCAUACCAGCAUGGAGGUGGAUUGAUCCACCUAUCCGCGGCUCAAAACGAACUCCUUCGCUACAAGAAUUGGUAGAAGAGGACUAUACACCCCUUCCAUUUAGUGUCAGAUACCAGCUGGAAGUUUGCUUGUCUCAUGGGCUUCUAAACGAAUAUACCAUAGGUAAAGAGUUUGUGGCUGCUCUUGUUGCACUUGGCGAAACGAAAGCAAGAGAGUUGCUGGAGCAUGUUGCAAGUGAGAAGCAUGUGUAUUAUGACCCAAAGAAAAUAUUUGACAUAUUAUUUGUCAAGCCAGCGACGAGCCGCAGAAUUCCAAAAUACUGUUGCUAUAUGAGAACGGCACGAGUGACCCCUUCGACGGUCUAUUUUGGCACUCCUUCUGUUGAUAUCACAAACCGCGUGAUCAGACAUUAUAUUGAAUACGCUGAUCGAUUUCUCCGUGUUCGUUUCACCGAUGAGAAAUUCGAAGGAAGGAUCCAACCGAGCCAUAACAAUACUAUGGAUGAGGUAUUUACCCGCGUUAAACGUACAAUGAUGAACGGCAUCACACUCGGUGACCGGCAUUAUGAGUUCCUCGCUUUUGGAAACUCUCAGUUCCGCGAACACGGGGCUUAUUUCUUUGCUUCCUUACCACAUCUGACAGCUGCCAAUAUUCGUGCGUGGAUGGGCCAUUUUAGUGACAUCAAGGAGAUUGCAAGGCAUGCCGCGCGUCUUGGUCAGUGCUUUUCAACAACUCGGGCAGUCACCGGUUGCCCCGUGCAAAUCCGUGAGAUAGAAGAUAUUCAAAGAAAUGGAUAUACGUUCUCAGAUGGCGUCGGUCGCAUUUCAAGAUUCCUCGCGCAAAUGGUCAUGACUGAAUUUAAAAUCAAAACCCCAUGUGGGGAGCCUCCGUCUGUCUUUCAAUUCAGACUUGGUGGCUGUAAGGGAAUCUUGACUGUUUCUCCAGAAGCUCAACGCCAACAAGUCCAUAUUCGCAAGAGUCAAUACAAGUUUCCAGCCAUACAUAAUGGGCUUGAAGUCAUUCGGCAUUCGCAUUUCUGUAUGGCAAGUUUGAACCGCCAGCUCAUCGUCGUGUUAUCUAGCCUUGAAGUACCAGAUGAAGUCUUUCUUGAAAAGCUCAGGAUGAUGCUUGGAAAUCUUGAAUUGGCCAUGACUAGUGAAACUCAGGCUAUCCAUCUGCUUCACAAGUAUAUUGAUCCUAACCAAAUGACCCUUGUGUUGGCGGAGAUGAUUCAGGAUGGCUUUCAGAGUUCAAAAGAACCGUUUGUCACUUCACUGCUCGAGUUAUGGCGUGCAUGGCAGAUCAAAUAUCUCAAGGAGAAAGCGAAGAUUAUCAUUGAAGAAGGCGCUUGCUUGUUCGGCUGCCUCGAUGAAACAGGGACACUCAAAGGCCUUUUUCAUGACAACAUUCCUUCUAAGGACGCAUCCUACGAAGAAAGGCUCGCCUGCCUUCCUGAGAUUUUUGUUCAGAUUUCACGCGCCAAUAAUGAUGGGAAAUAUGAAAUUAUCGAGGGACCUUGCAUAAUUGCCCGAAAUCCUUCCUUGCAUCCGGGCGACAUCCGGGUCGUAAAGGCUGUCAAUGCACCUGCCCUACACCAUCUUAGGGAUGUGAUUGUAUUCCCACAGACAGGAGAUAGGGAUAUCCCAAGCAUGUGUUCGGGUGGUGACUUGGAUGGUGAUGAUUACCUGGUCAUUUGGGACCAAGAUCUCCUUCCAAAAGACUGGUUCAAACAGCCAAUGAAUUAUGCACCAUCAGUUAAAGCUCUUCGUCUAUCUCGUGAUGUCACUGUCAAUGAUAUCACUUCUUUCUUCGUGACAUACAUGAAGAACGAUCGUCUUGCCCAGAUUGCUCAUUCACAUCUGGCAUGGGCGGAUUAUUUGGAGAAAGGUGUCAACGAUUCAAAGUGCAUAAGGCUAGCGGAAUUGCACUCUGCGGCAGUUGAUUACAACAAAACUGGGAUUCCAGCCAAAAUGACGAAGGAUCUGGCACCUCGCAAAUGGCCACACUUCAUGGAGAAAAAGCACAAGCCAAAGGACGCCCAGUAUAUUUCGCAAAAGAUUCUGGGGAAGCUAUAUGAUAUUGUGGAACGGGUGAAUUAUAGGCCAAAACUUGAAGCACCAUUCGACGAUCGGAUUCUGAAUAGCGGUAUUGAGGUAAACGAUGACCUUCUGGCUGUAGCUGCCGAGUUAAAGGUGCUAUACGAUGCCGAUAUGUGCAGGAUCAUGGCACAACAUGAGAUUAAAACCGAGUUCGAAGUGUGGUCAACCUUUGUCCUAAGCCAUUCUAACAUGAGCAAGGACUAUAAAUUCCAUGAAGAGAUUGGUCAAAUCUCAUGUGCUCUCCGGGAACGAUUCCGUAACCUUUGCUGUGAAAAAGCAGGUGGUAAAAAUUUUGAGCACCUAGCACCCCUUGCCGUUGCAAUGUACAAAGUCACUUGCAAUGAAAUGACGCAAGCACUAGCAAAGAUAAAGGCAAGGUACGGCGAAGACGAUGAUCAAAGCCCAUGGUCAGAGCAUGAAGAGAAACUGCCGUUGAUCAGCUUUCCAUGGCUGCUCCAGCCCGUUCUCGGGAAGAUUGUCAAUAAACACUACGACCCCGCAUGUCUUGAGGAAGUAGGUUUGUGGUCUGGUCAAGCUUCGUUCAAAAAGCGCAAAGACGGCAUCGAUGGAAAUUCAUCCGGUACACGCGAUGUAGAGACCGCAGGUGGCGUUCAACAUGCUGGAGAAGUGCUCGAACUGUUUCAGGGUCCUAACUAUGAUCCCAGGACUGGCCUCGACGCAACUUUCGAUAGACCUGGGGCAUCCCCAGGAGAGACUGAUGAUCUUGCCAAAGUUCCCCUGGGAAACAGGAGUCCUACUAUUGAAGGGUCAAGUCAGCUUAUCAACCUUGGUGAAGAACUCUCCACUUCAGGUUCCCUAGUACCGACUUCGUUGGAUUCGAUGAUGAACUUGAUGAGCGUUAUUGAUCAACCAACUGACCCAAACAUAAAGCGAACCUCCGAGCUAAUUCCAACAAGAGCACAACUUAUGGAAAAUGGGCAGGUGUUGGCAGAUAAUGAUCUAAUUGAUCAUCCCUCAACGCUUCUUCAAAAAGAGCCUCUGCCGGAAAAUGAUGAAGUGGAAGACAUUAUUGAACAAGAAGGGGAGAUCAAGCCGUCGGCGAUCGAUGAGCUGGAGGCAUUGCUUGGCAUGUGAACACUUUGGGAACGCGUUUACUAGUUGGUUUGGCUUUCUUGAGACCACCGAGU